AUGGAAUGCCACACUCCGUACCUAAUUAAAAAAGCCACGGACGAAACACCGUUUCCGCCCUUUAAAAAAGUCCUGUUUGAAGCAGCAGCCAACGAAAACUACCCAGAGCACAUCCACAUCUACACAGAUGGAUCAAAAAACCCGGACAACGGCAGGGUUGGCUUCGCAGUAGUAGAAGAAAAGAUAUCCAAACACGCUAAACUUGUUAAAUACGCCAGGCUGUCAGACAACUUAUCAGUCUACACAGCAGAACUGACAGCCAUCUACGAGGCACUAAUCUGGAUUAGAAGUAAACAAUACCCUAAAAGCGUCAUCUUCUCUGAUAGCCUUAGCUCAAUCCAAUCUCUACAAACUAACAGAUCUACUAGGCCGGACAUCUUAGCAGCCAUCCACAAAGUGCUCAACGAGCUAAACCAACUUAAAUUAACAGUCUUCGAAUGGGUCCCAGCUCACGUAGGAAUAAUUGGUAACGAAGUUGCCGACUAUGGAGCAAAAACAGCACUCUCAAUUACCAGCACAAUUACCACACUACCUUUAGGAAUAACAGAGCAGAGCUCAUGUCAAAAGCAAAAAAACACUACAUAA